UCCUUUUCUUCCUUUCAAGUUUGGCUCUCUCAGUAAAAAUAUUCGAAUGCCACAAACAGAAAAAGUCAAAACAGGAUUUCAAUCAAAUAUUUGGGACAAAGGAAUUGAAGUUAUUCGGUUUGUCAAAGAACGUGAAAAAACUUUUCGCGAAAAAUUGGAAGACGAUUUUUGUGAAGGAAGGGCUGUACAAGUAGAGGAACCUUUAUAUGUUACUUUUAAACAUGCACUUAAAAAGGAUUUGAAAUUGAAAAGGAUGAGGGCUGAAAGGAAGAAGGAUGCAAAAGAACAACAGGUUAUGAAGAUGGAGGUGCCCUUUCUGCGGACUUUUUUUUGCGGACUUUUCUUCCUAUUUUCAGGCCUCCAGUCAAUGAUCACCACAACCAGUUCAAAAGCACAAUUAAACACAAAAUUAUAA